AUGGCUAUAUUCAAAAAUUGCUAUGAACACUUCAGAGGCAAGUUUUCAAAACAAUAUAUGCCAGCUCAAUCUCCAAAAAUGCAUUCGAAAAAGAAGGUGCUUGUUUUAGAUUUAGAUGAAACCUUAGUACAUUGUGAAUUUAAGGAGAAUAAUAAUUUUUAGCAUGAAACUUUACUGAAAGUUAAUCAUAAAGGAUAAGAAUACAAAAUUUAUUUAAGAACUAGACCACAUUUAAAUUAAUUUUUAGUUGAAGCUAGUAGAGAUUAUGAAAUAAUAAUCUUUACUGCAGGUUAUGAAGUUUAUUGUGAAAAAGUGUUAGCAUAUAUUGACAAUGAUAGAUUGAUAUCAGAUUAUUAUGCUAGAGGAAGUUGUCAAUUUAUAAAUGGUGUUUGUUUUAAAGAUUUAUCCUUAUUAGAUAGACCUAUGGAGGAUAUAAUUUUCAUAGAUGUAAUAAUUGCUACCAAUAUUAGAAUAAUCCUAAUGCUUUUGAUAGAUGCCAAGAAAAUGGAUUACUUAUACCUUCCUAUCUAGAUUCAGAUGAUGAUGAUUGUCUUUUAAGAUUGAUUCCUUUUCUUAAAUAUUUAUCAAAGAAAAAAGACUUAAGACCUAUUGCAUAACACAUUAAUUCAUAUGAAAAUAAUAUUGGAGCAACAAUAUUUACAGAGAAUCAAAAAUCAUUAGAUAUUUAACAAGAGGCAAUGGAUGAAGAUACUUUGAGUGAAGGUAAUGUUGUAAAAAAGGAUAAUGAUAUAACAGAUUUAGAUAUAAAACAUAAAAAAACUUAAACUCAUUUAGAAGCAGUUUGUAAAGUAAAUAAUAAAAUAAGAAGUGCUACUCUAUUUUCUGGAUGA